ACAGCAAGACGUCAUCAUUUUACUGUUGUUGUGGCGGCAGACCAGUAAAGCGACGAAUGAGUCAGCAGAGUAGGCACUUCCAAUACAAUCACAACGGAAACGAGAUCUUUUAAAAACAAUCAACUCGAUCAUUUUUUACAAGCAAGGAAAUGGCAGUUCCUGCUGUCCCGAAUCUGCAAUUGAACAAAACAGUAAGUCAAAACUCCCCAGAACGUAACAUCCAUAUUGACGAAACAGAAUUGGAGAACAUCACGAACAACGAUGGAAACGGCACUCUCCCAUUACAUUCUCCGUGGACUUUUUGGCUUGAUAGAUCUUUACCAGGAACAACGGCAGCAGAAUGUGAAUCAGGUCUGAAAAAAAUCUACACUGUGCAAACAGUUCAGAGCUUUUGGAGUGUGUACAACAAUAUACCUGGAGUGUCCAGCCUACCACUGAGAUGUAGCUAUCACCUAAUGAGAGGGGAGAGAAGACCACUCUGGGAAGAAGAGAGUAAUGCAAAGGGGGGAGUUUGGAAAAUGAAAGUACCCAAAGAAAGCACUCCUGCUGUAUGGAAGGAGUUACUGCUGGCCACUAUUGGGGAACAAUUCACUGAUUACUGUGCUUCAGAGGAUGAGGUGGUUGGUGUUAGUGUCAGCGUUCGAGACAGAGAAGAUGUUGUUCAAAUCUGGAAUGGAAAUGCCUUUUUUGCUAACGAAGCAAACAUCCUAGGAAGGAUCUAUGAACUUCUUCCACAGAUAACUUUUAAAGCAGUAUUUUAUAAGCCACAUGAGGAGCACCAUGCCUUCGAAGGAGGUCGCCCAAGACAUUAGCAAGCUUUGCACAUUUGACACUUUGUUGUUUUUGGUCUUGGAAAUUGACUGAAUCUUCUGAGCUCUACUGUCUUUUGUAAAUGUGUUAUACAAUUACUUCAAUUUGGGCAGACAGAAAAUGUCAUAGCUGGGCUUCAUUUUAGGAUGACUAAUACAUGUUCUUUAGUGUUCGUUGUUUUAUACAAAGAUAUUUAGCUAAACCACACAUUUUAUCUCAACAGUGCACUUUUACCAGAGCCUUUUAGUUGUUUUCACAGUUUCCUGAUCUUACAUUGAAUUUACAUUGUUCCCUGAUUCUAGAAUGAUGGAGAGUAUUUUCCUCAAGCCAGUAUUAUUCAUACAGUUUUAUGUGAAAAUGUUGCACAUUCUAAUUGUUUAUUUAUUUUUGGGGGUUGGUAGUUUGUUUUUGGCAGGGGGGGAAAGAAAUCUGUUAACUGUUACUGGUUGUUAGAUUUGUCAAAUAACACCAACUUUUUUUACAAAAUCUAAAUCACCACUCUGCGUAGUACCAGAUAAAUGCUAUAGUUUAGUUUACCCUGAGUGUUUUGGUAAUUAGCAGUGGGUCAUUGUACAAACACUCAAUUGUUGUUUCAGAAAUGCACAACAGGCCUUUUUCAUUUUUACUGUAAUGGACAGGAUUACUAUUACAGUAUCUUCAGUUCACUAAUGCUGAUUUCUAAGUUGUGCACUCAUUUAUUAUAAACUACAUAAUUGUGGUUUAAUCAAGGAAUAUAGACUACGCCUAGAUGGGUAUCAGUUUUCUGAAGAAUAUCAAUUGCAUAUAUCAAUUGGUUCAUUCUAAUUUAAGUCCUACAAACUUUAAAAGAAAACCAUUUUGAAAUUCAAAAAACGAUAUGAUGUAUGAACCGUGCUUUGGGUUGAAUGAGUACUUAUCUUUACCAAAGACCUUUCUAACCCUCUCUCUCUGUCAUGUGUGUGUGCACAAGCAUGCAUGUGUGUGUGCAUGCUCCCUGCCAAGCUUUUUAAGUUUUGUAACCUGUUGGUUGUAAUUGUCAUCAGAUGCGGUGUCUGUAGUUGAUUGAUGAGCUUCUCUGUGACUCAGGUCAUCCAUGUUCAAACACUAAGCACAUUAAUUAGUGACGUUUUUGUUGAAAGAAACAAAUAAUCGUACAUAAUGUAGCUGGACUUUCUGUCCGUUUUUACUAUAGCGCCCAGUCAAGGUGAGAUCUCAACUGAUUGUUAAUCUUUGGAAUGGUGCCUUGUGUUUUCCAAGGGUUUCAGUCUUGAAAGUUGUUUAUUUUUAACAUUGAACCAGUCAAAAUGUAAAAUCAAUAUUUUUGCUGAUAGAUUUUGAAAUGUUGGAAAAAUGAAAUGCUAAACAAUCA